AAUGGGGCAGGCCUGGACCAGUCGCCUCCUCUCCCAUUAGAUCUCAAGCCCCUCGGGCCAGGCACUGGCGGCCGUAGUAGGCGCCUAAUCAGUGCUUGUGGACUUGACCCCGAGGCCCCGUCCAGCUCUAAAGCUGUGCCUCGAUGUCACCCAACCUUUAGUGUGCCUUUAGUAAAAUGGGAAUAUUCAUAACUAGACUCCAGUGAGAUCAUGUCUGCCCUGGAUGUUAUAGACGAAAAUUUGUAUUUCCUGAAGCCACAUGCCAGUUUAUGUGAUUGAAGCUGCUUUAUAAAAUAGUUGGGAGAAAACAAACGGAAACCGACAACGACAAAGAGCAGGAAGUGCUUUUGUGACCAUGGAUGACAAGAGACGAAGAGUCCGUGUGCAGGGUGGCUGGGCAGGCCAUGCCAAGAGUCAGGCUGCUGCGAAGCCAGCUCUCAGUGCCAAAGGCCAUGCCCCCCAAGGUCUUGCACAGACCUGGAUGAAAAGGGAGUCACUUCCACCUGAAAGACAGUUUGUAUAUAAAGAACCAAAGGCAGAGGUUUUCCGUCGGAUCCCAGACCCACAAAUGAUUGACAAAGAAGGUGUCUACGAAAUCAGUGCAUCACCCACAGGCAUUUCUCGGAUACGCUUGUUUCCCAAUUUUGUUGAAUCAGAAGAAGCAGAUUGGAUAUUUGAACAACUGUGCCAAGAUGUUCCGUGGAAGCAGAGGACUGGUAUUCGAGAGGGUAUAAGUUAUCUGCAGCCAAGAUUGACAGCAUGGUACGGAGAACUCCCUUACACUUAUUCCAGAAUUACAAUGGAGCCAAAUCCUGAAUGGCAUCCUGUGCUCAGCAUGCUUAAGAACCGCAUCGAAAAGAACACCGGCCACACCUUCAACUCGUUACUCUGCAACCUUUAUCGAAACGACAAGGACGGCGUCGACUGGCACAGCGAUGACGAGCCCUCGCUGGGGACGUGCCCCAUCAUCGCCUCCCUCAGCUUGGGGGCCACACGCAUCUUUGAAAUGAGGAAGAAGCCCCCCCCAGAAGAGAAUGGGGACUAUACAUAUGUGGAAAAAGUAAAGAUACCCUUAGAUCAUGGCGCCUUGUUGAUGAUGGAGGGAGCGACACAAGCUGAUUGGCAGCACCGGGUGCCCAAGGAAUACCAUUCUAAGGAAGCAAGAGUGAACCUGACCUUUCGAACUGUUUUCUCUGAGCCCAGUGGGAUGGAUUCAACAGUGACCUAAGAGCCUUCUGAGAGAAGCUGCCUUUGGAAUGAGUCCACCUUUUGAUAUCAAGUAUUCCAAGGUGGAUGUGGGCAUGGACAUUCAGGUCUCCUAGCAAUACAGCUCCACAGGAGAUGGGAGUCUAAUUGGUACCUUAGCAGAGGGUUCUGUGAAAUGGCAGCAAGCAGUUCAUGUUUGAAAUAUGUUUCUUGUGGGAAUAGUAAUCUCUAAACAGGUCUCAGACUUGUGGAUUUGCUGUGUUCAAAUUAAAAUCUAUUAUGGUUGUACUCACA